CGCCCAGACCUGUUAGGAUGCCGGGAUUUACAGAGAGCCAGCCAGGGGGCAAAGGGCGAGUUUGUGGGGGCUGCAGGACCCCCCGAACCCUCUCAGGGUUCCGCCUCUCGUGAUAGGAAGCGUCUGUUAAAUAGUCCCGGCCAUUCAGCGCUUCCGCCUAACUUGUCGCAAAGUUUUUCUAGAGAAGUCGGUCCUUUUCCUAGGCGCUCUUACGCUGCCAGAGCUAACCUUCAGUCCUUUAGCCUGGGCUUGCUUUACGUCGGGGCUUUUUGAACUCCGCACUCUCCCACAGUCCAGGAGCUGGAGCGGGAGUGCGGCACAGUGUGCCUCCGCGAGCCCGAGGGGCAGCCGAGCCCCGGAGGAAGGGGCGGAUCGGGCGCGGUGUUUGGGACGGAGCGGGGCGCGCGGCGCUCGAAGCACCCACUCGGCGCGUUCCGGGGCUGGUGGAGACUGCUUGGGCCCCCCUCAGACCGCACCCCUCGAGCUGUAGGUUCGCAGGUCCACGGCAGCCCGACUCGACGGCGUCCCCAUUAUAUCAUCUCUUCUUUUGAUCACUGCUCCUGACUGUGGCUUUGUCCAAGCAUUAAAUUGUGUGCCUUUUGUUCCUUGAAGAAAGAGCUGGUGCUAGCAACCCCCAACUGUGUCUGGUCUCUGGACCCAGCUCAAAGCCCUGGAUUCAUUCUCUUCCCAUACCUCAGCCUGAGCCUUCUGUCACCCCAAAGGGCUUCACACAAGCUUCCUCUCAAGCCCUCACUUCUCUCACAAGAUGAAGAAACUAAAACACAGAGAUUGAGACUUGUCUAGAGUAACACAAACCAAUGAGGAAACUGAGGUGCAGAGAAGUCAAACCUUGCCCAGUGUUACAGAGCAGAGCUGGAAGUAAAGCUUGUAUUUCCUGAGAUCCAGAUUAAUGUCAUUUCUACUUCACACUAUUACUUCUUGGUGAGUUAAUGUGGGAAAAAUCCUGGUAUUUUGAAGAUGUUGCGGCACAGUAUUGUUUCCUGUUCAAAUUACAAGUAACUUCAAGAGUUUGCAGGAAAAAAAGAAAUUGGGAUUGUUUUGGUUAAAUCAUGCCAUCUGAACAGAAACAUUUAUUUUUUGAUGAAAAACAGAAUACUUUAAAAAGAGAUUAUGAUGUGAAAAAUGAGAUAGUUGAUACUAUCAGAUCAGUACUUAAACCAAAAAUUUCAGAAAGUAGUUUUCAUUAUGAACUAAAAAAUGUGAAAAUUGUUUUGCCGAAGAUAAAUAUUCCAAAUGAGGUCCUAUUGAAACACGAAGUUGACAAAUACAGAAAAUUAUUUCAGCAUAAACCACAGACUGCAAGAAAAUCUAUCGGUAUAAAGACUGUAAGCUGUGUAGAGGAGUGUAUGUUACUCCGUAAGUCUGAGAGAGUUGAAGAAGAAGGUAUAAAAAUGUCUGCAAAAAUACUCAACUUCAACUGUUUGAAGUGCCGAGAUAGUACUCGGUAUAGCCCAAAUGAUUUGCAGAAACACUUCCAAAUGUGGCACCGUGGUGAAUUACCUUCAUAUCCUUGUGAAAUGUGCAGUUUUUCAGCAAAUGACUUCCAGGUCUUCAAACAACACAGACGAACCCAUCGAAUUACUUUAGUAAAAUGUGAUAUUUGUAACAAUGAGAAUUUAUAUACUUUAUUAGACUUGACAAAGCAUUUUUCAUCCACACAUUGUGUAAAUGGUAGUUUUCAAUGUGAAAAGUGUGAAUUCUCCACCCAGGAUGUUGGCACAUUUGUUCAGCACAUACAUAGACAUAAUGAAAUCCUUUAUAGAUGUGGUAAAUGCCAUUAUAUAUGUUUAACCAAAGGAGAGCUUCAGAAGCACCUUCAUAUUCAUUCUGGUACGUUUCCCUUCACUUGUCAAUAUUGUAGCUAUGGUGCUACCAGGAGAGAGCACCUUGUAAGACAUGUUAUAACUUUGCACAAAGAACAUUUAUAUGCGAAAGAAAAACUGGAAAAAGACAAAUAUGAAAAAAGGAUGGCAAAGACUUCAGCAGGACUUAAACUAAUAUUGAAAAGAUAUAAAAUAGGUGCAUCAAGGAAGACAUUCUGGAAACGUAAGAAAAUCAACAAUGGAAGUGACAGAAGUAUAGAAAAAAACACUCAAGUUCUUAAAAAAGUGAACAAAACACAGGCUAAAUCUGAAGACCAGAGCCAUCUUGUUCAGGAACAUUUAAAUGAAGAAAAGGAUGAAAGACUAUACUGUGAGAAUAAUGAUAAACCUGCUGAGUCAGAGUCAGAAAAGCCAACUCUUCUGUCCACUGGGCAAUGUAAUGGAGCUGAAGAGGGAUCAAAUUCUACUUCAGGUUUCUUGAAGACUGCUGUACAAGGACCUACAGUGUUAAUGGUAAAAAAUAAUAGAAUAACAAUUCCUGCUAACUACAGUGCUAAGUUUAUGGGCUUUAAGAUGGUGGAUGGAAAACAACAUAUUGUAAUAAAACUGUUGCCUACCAAUAAACAGAAUUUAUAUUCACCAGGCUCACAGUCAGGUGCCGUAAGGGACAGUACUGCAAUUUUGCAGCCCCAGACUUUGGGCACUACUGCAUUUUUAACAGGAGUAACAACUGAGUUAAAUGACACAGUUUACAUGAAAGCAGCUACUCCAUUUUCAUCUUCUUCUCCUAUACUUUCAGGGAAGGUAACUUCAGAAAAAGAAAUGGCUUUGCUAUCUCAAACAAGUAAUAUGCUUCCAACAGUGGAUGAUGGAAAAAGUGUUUCUCCUUUGCCAAUAACAUCAGAAUUGAUCACAGCAUCGGUGAAUUUGACCACAAAAGUAGAAACAAGAGAGAAUGUUGACUUAUGGGGAAGUCAUAUUACUCAGUGUCACCCUGAGGUGUCAGGUACUGCCAUUAAAAGUCCAGAUAAAGUCACCUGUACUACCAAACCAAAUUCAUACAACAGUGGAGAUAUGCAUAACUAUUGCAUUAAUUAUGUCAACUCUGAGUUACCUGUUGAUUCUUCCAACCAAGGAUCAUUGCCUUUUCAUAAUUACUCAAAAGUGAAUAAUUCUAAUAAACGUCAUAGGUUUUCAGGGACAGCAAUGUGUGAAAACCCUCAAAGAGAAUCUUCAUCAAGCAAGACAGUAGUUCAACAACCAAUAAGUGAGUCAGUUUUAUCACUAGUGAGGAAGGAGAGCUCAAACCCAGAUAGCCUGUUAGCAUCUAUUAGUCGUUUAAAUACUAAAGAUGGAACUUUAAAAACACAAGCUGAAAUUGAAGAACAGUGUGUUUUAGAAAAAGGACAAAACAUUGAUGGACAGAACCUAUACACUAAUGAAAAUCAGAAUUUAGAGAGCAUGACUGAAAAGCCUAAAUGGGAUGACGUUUCUAGUGUUGAGUCACCUAUGAUGCCUAGAAUUACAUCUGUUUUCUCUCUCCAGAGCCAACAGGCAUCAGAACUUUUGCCACCUGAAAUAAACCAGUUACUUCAAGAUGUAUUAAAAGCAAAACCUGAUGUAAAACAAGACUCUAGUAACACUCCAGAUAAAGACCUGCCGCUUCAUUGUGACCAGUCAUUUCAGAAACAUGAGGGAGAAGACAAAAUAGUUGAAUCUUCAAAAGACUUGAAAGUAAAAGGCUUCUUUCCAAUUCCAUCUGGUAAUAUGGGGAUUAAUGUGGCUACAAAUGAUCUGAAUUUAAAAUUUAGUGGAAAAGAAAAACAAAUGUCAAUGUCACAAGAUGUGAGAGAUUCAGAGAAGACCCCUAGAAUUUCUGGUUUUGGCACAUUACUUAAGACUCAGUCAGAUGCAAUAAUUACACAGCAGCUUGUAAAAGACAAACUACGAGCCACUACGCAAAAUAUAGGUUCUGUAUAUGUGCAGAGUCCACUUGUAAAUUCAGAACCAAAAAAGGCUGUCUUUGUUCAGACUCCAAAAGGCUUUUUUGUACCAUUGCACAUUGCUAACAAGCCUGCAUUACAUGUUUCAGGAAGACCACUUCCAUUGGUUAAUACACAAGGUGUCCCUGCCUCUCUCCUUUUAAACAAGAAACCUGGGAUGAUUUUAACAUUUAAUAAUGGGAAACUUGAAGAUGUUUCUGCUGUCAAAACUGAGAAUGCUCAAGCUUGUGGAACUACAAGUAAGGAGCCUUGCAGAACACCUUUUUUAAAAGUAGAACCAAACAGUAAUUGUCUAACCCCUGCACUUUGUUCCAGCAUUGGCAGCUGUUUGAGCAUGAAAAGUAGCUCAGAAAAUACUUUGUCAUUAAAAGGCCCUUACAUUAUUAAAACGCCAGCAAGUUCUUCAGUGAAAGGUGUUCCUGCUCCUAAUAUAAUAUCUGAGCAUCAGGGCACUAAGUUGAACAUCUCGGAUUCAGUAAAACAGCAGAACAAGAUUUUUCCAAAGCCACCUCUUUACACCCUUUUGCCUGAUGGCAAACAAGCUGUUUUUUUAAAGUGUGUGAUGCCAAAUAAGACUGAGCUGCUUAAGUCUAAAUUAGUCCAGAAUAGUACUUAUUAUAAAAAUAUACAGCCAAAGAAACCUGAAGGAACACCACAAAAAAUAUUGCUGAAAAUUUUUAACCCUGUUUUAAAUGUGACUGCUGCUAAUAAUCUGUCAGUAAGCAACUCUGCAUCCUCAUUGCAGAAAGACAAUGUACCAUCUAAUCAGACUAUAGGAGGAGAGCAGAAAGAGCCAGAAUCUUCUAGAGAUGCCUUACCCUUAUUACUAGAUGAUAUGAUGCCAGCAAAUGAAAUUGUGAUAACUUCUACUGCAACAUGCCCAGAAUCUUCUGAGAAACCAAUAGGUAUCACUGACCAUUCAGAGGCCAGGGUGUUAAGGUGUAAAACAAAUUGUACAAUUGAGAGAAACUUCAAUAAGAAAAAGACUUCGAAAAAGAAAUGUUCAAGAAUAAAAACUCAUGAAAGAAGUAAAGAUUCUGAAACUUCCUUUGUAUCUAGAAACAGAAACUGUAAACGCAAGUGUAGGGAUAGUUACCAAGAACCUCCAAGAAAAAAAGCAUUACACAGAAAGUGUAAAGAAAAAGCAAAGCCUGAAGAUGUCCAUGAAUCAUUCGGAUUCAGCAGACCUAGGCUUUCAAAAGAUUCAGUCAGAACUUUGCAGCUUUCCCCCUUCAGUUCCAAACAGCUUGUGAAAUGUCCUAGGAGAAACCAACCAGUUGUAGUUUUGAAUCAUCCUGAUGCAGAUGCCCCAGAAGUAGUAAGUGUAAUGAAAACUAUUGCUAAAUUUAAUGGACGUGUACUUAAGGUUUCAUUGUCAAAAAGAACUAUCAGUGCUUUACUGAAACCAGUUUGUUAUAGCCCUUCUAAAACAACUUACGAUGAUUUUCCCAAGAGGCACAAAACAUUUAAACCUAUUAGUUCUGUGAAAGAAAGAUUUGUGCUAAAAUUAACUCUCAAAAAGACAAGCAAAAACAAUUACCAGAUUGUGAAAACUACCUCUGAAAAUGUUCUGAAGGCUAAAUUUAGCUGUUGGUUUUGUGGUAGAGUAUUUGACAAUCAGGAUGCUUGGGCUGGUCAUGGUCAGAGACAUUUAAUGGAAGCUACUCGUGAUUGGAACGUGUUACAAUAAUUUACUGUAAUUACCAAGGAAAAGAAAAGUGAAAGUACCUUAGAAGAAAAUAGUGGGUUGAAUUACUAAUGCAGACAUUUUUUACUUCAAUAUAGUACCUGGAGUUAAACAUUUAAAAGUUAGCUAUAUUUCCAUGGAAGAGCAAAAGUUUUAGUGUGAUAUUUGAAAAUGCUGUCAGUGCACAUGUAAGUUUUGAAAGAAACUAAUCAGCACAGAUACACCUUGAUUUAAUUUUUUUAAAUGUGUUCUCGGGAAGUUAGGGCUAAAAAUUUUGAUAAAACAGUUUUCCGAGUUUAGUGACUCUUAGUAGAGGGUAACAGUUGACAGCCCCAUUCCCUCUCUUCUUCCACCAGCCUUAUGAUUCUGAUAACUGUAGCUCCCCUGAAGAGGUUGAGAGCUCUUUCAUUAUGGAACUGAAGGAGUUUCUCAUCAUUUGUGAAGAUACUCUAAGAGAACUUGGGUAAAGAACUUACUCUACAUAUGCAAAAUGUAGUUCUUUUGAAGGUAGUUAAGCUCCUUUGAGGGUACAUUUAACUCACUACAGUACACCUCAUAUGAUGGUUGAUAAGAGUUUUUGACAAGCAGAUCUUUUUUCCUUGUAAACUGUGUUACAUGUCAUUGAUUGGAACACCCUUCCAAGGUGAUUUUCUUUUUCUAAAUGGCUCUCAAGCGUUGCAGUAGAUGGGCAAUCUCGAGAGAAGAAUUAAACUCUCUUUGUCUAGUUUGAAGUUCAUUUAAAGAACUUGAACAUUUUUCUGAAUUUGGUUAUAUUCCCCAGUGAUUCCGUUGCACAGAACUAUGUUUAUUUGAUUUAAAUUGUUUGUCCCCUCGUAAACCAAGUAGCCAAUUUUUUUCUUGGUUGCCAUCCCUUUUAAAAAAAGUGAAACAUAGAAGCACUUCCAAGGGAAUGGCUUUUCUUGAAAAUUAAAAAUUAUUCUUCAGAAACAAUAUUUUGAAGUAAGAUUAGCAAAGCAAAUCAUAUUUUUGUGUUUAUUAUUAGUGUCUGAACAUGUCCACAUUGGGACAAACCAUUUUUGUUAGCAACUUCUCAGUAUGACUGACAACCCAAAGCAGAUUACUGAUUGUUUGCAGUUGGAAAUUGAAGAAGCAUUAAUAGUGGACUCAGUGACAGUGCAUAACACUUCAGGACAGAUUCCGAAGGGAUAUGCCCAACAGGUAGAGUUUUAAAAUGAAUAUUUUCAUGACAACAGAAUCAUCAAUUUAAACUUCCCACUUUGUAAGUUUGGAUCAAAUUUUGUUGGACCAUUGGACAAUGGAGUUCUUGUAUUAAAAAAUUACAUACUAUAUAAUUUUUGUUACAUUGUUACUACUAGUGUUAUGACAUUUUCAUUGAUUGAAAACU